GCAAUACGAAGAGUAGUCAUCCGACGUUCGAACUUGAACCUCGCCAUUGCAUCGCCGUCUGCCCUCGCAGUAAGCCUCAAAGCGUCUUGCGAACUCAACUGAAGUUGAAGCGACGAUGGAAGACGAUGUCGCAAACGCUAAAGCUUCAGUAUCGCCAGGAAAAGGGCUCCAAAGUGCCGACACGGGCUUGAUAACGUCAAAUGACGACGCCAGUGAUUCGGAUGGCGCCUCGAUAGCCUCGACAAGUGAUCUCUUUGCUGCCCCUGCGCCAGAAUCACCGCUAGAUCCUGGUCCAACAACGCGAGAACUUGGUCUUACCAUCAAUGGUCAACAUGGCUGGUCCGGUUCGCAGUAUGAUGACUACGACGUUAUCACUGUUCAUGGCUUACGUGACGACCGCAACACUGCCUGGAUCAACAAAAAGAACGAAUGGUGGGUGAAGAAACAGCUCUUCGCAUCGGAGGACAUAAGACAGAUCGACUAUGCAUAUGCUAUUGAUGGGAACUCUACAAUCUACAGACCAGACGGGAUCCGUUUUCAUGCUCAAACACUGGCUACUGAGUACGCCAAGCUUCGUGAAAAGCUAGAGGAUACCGAAACUCACCGCCCAGUGAUCUGGAUUUGUCACGACCUCGGCGGUACAAUCGUAAAAGAGGCACUGUCACUGGCCUCGGCUUCACCCAAGAAAUACGGAAAAAUAGCCAUACUCACCACUGCUAUCGUUUUUCUAGGAACGCCUCACCGAACUCACUCCAUGAGUUCACUAGAGGACCAGCUGCACAAGCUUAUUCUCCUGCCAGGCCCUAAUAUCCGGAGCAAUGUGUUGAGGAAGGUAAAGAAUCUGGCGCAUCAGGUGAACAGAGUCAACCAGGAAUUUCCAACAACCAAGCACCUAGUUCGGACAACCAUCUUCAACAUAGUCGCCGACAAGGGCCGUAACAUUAAAGAAGAAAAUGCAAUCCAGGACGGGGAAGAAGUCGGAGCUGGAGAUGGAGACGACGACUUCCCGGGCCCAGUGACUCCGUUCCUACCAUUCGUGCAUCGGUCUAGCCAUCCGCUCGAAGCAGUCACGGCCAUCCGAUGGGAUGAAACUGACCACCUGGACCUAGUGCGGGCCGAGUCAUCGGACUGGUGGAUCGAAAAGGUGUUGGGUAUGUUGAACAACAGCGGAUUGUAUAUCAACGUCAACUACACCACGAUUCAGGAACAAGGACGCCUACUAUCCUUAUGUCCCCCAACGCGCCCUCUGGACACACACUUCGAUGUGAAGAUGCCGAAACACCCAGUCGUGAGCUGGAUCUACGAACAUGAAGCAUACAAGCAACUCAACAAGCCGACCACUAGCCCCCGACUCCUUCACGUACACGUCAACGGGAAUCAUUCCCUGGAUAUUGUCGACCUCUCGCGACGUCUGUAUCUCGAUUAUGAUCGUGUUGCUGCCACUCGAGUUUCCGGCUCUGAAAGAGUUCCCGAGGGGAGCGUUGCCUACUUUGAGUUUGACGAGACAGACUCUCGAUACAACAAUAUUUCGUCCAUGUUACUCUAUUUCAUCAACAUCCUCGCCUGGCAUUUCUGCGACCGCAGGCCCGGCAUGAAUGAAAUAAUUUCCUCCGAGCUCAAAUUCAUCAGUGAUACGAGAUCCUGCUCAUUGGAAGAUCUGUAUCACCUAUACAGCAGCUUCGGCACUAUAGAGACAAGAUGCCAGAUGACGCUAUUCAUCGGUUGCUUUGAUCAGUGCCCUGCGAGCCAAAGGAAGUGGUUCUUGGAACGGAUCCUAGAGGAGCAAAGCUACGGUUGUAAGGACUUCCGAUUCAUUUUCUCUACUUGUGGUAGAGAUGGGUUGGGAGUGGAUUCGUUCCCGAGCGAUGCAGCCGUCAAUCUUGAGGAGUGCCCUACACUGGACAAGACAAUCAUCAACGAUUCACAGGCGACGAAGCUCCGGUCAGCUUUGGAUGGUCUUGUGGCGAGACGCCCAAUUUACGAGGCCUUUAGAUCACAGCUUGAUGAAGUCCUGGCGGGAUACUCUCAUGCGCCGCAUCUAGCACACGCUGUUCUAAGCUGGCUUGAGCAUUACAGGCGAGGACGAUCCAUCUCUCAAAUUGCCGACACCAUUAACAAGCUCUCAUCAGUCACCACGGAGGGCAUGAUUCAAGUUUUCGUCGAUUCUUUGCCGGCCGAGGGCCAGUCCCGGGCCAAAAACUGCUUCAACUGGAUAAAACACGCGGCAGAGCCUUGGACGCCAGAGUCACUAGCCGAAGCGCUUGCGGUUCAUGAUUGUCAUGGAGAGGAGCCAGUGCUUGAUGAUCUUGAUCCUUUAGAGUUGGUAACUUGGAUCGAGAAGGCAUUUGGGGGACUCAUCACUGUCCGAGGUCGGGAUUUCAAGUUCUGUCACCCCUCUCUCUACGAUCUUCCCGAGAUGGGCAUCGAAGGGAGUGCGGAGGAGCGAGCAGAUAAGAUUCACAGCAGCAUCGCCGAGACAUGCUUGCGUUACUUUUGGCUCGAGGGUGCGCAAGACAACCUGGCUAUGUUGUCUCUGGAGCAACUUGAAGGAGGGUGCUGGGGGGAGCUACAAGAUGCAGCCAUCAUUGCUCAUCAACGCACGAGUAUGGCUGAGUAUGCCGUCCGCUUUUGGUCCCACCACUACCGGUCAAGUGGACGAUUCAAGCCUAGGGGCCUUGUACGUGAGCUGUUUGCUUGCAAGAAGGCUCGGGCAGCGUGGGAGGUCCCCUUUUAUACGCUUUCGAAUCCAUUUACGCGGAUACACCAGUCCUACCUCUCACCGUUGCCUAUAUAUGCCAUGCUGGGGCUGGAGGACUUGGUUGAGGAGCAGUGCAGCUCAGAGAAGGAUGAGCCCUUGUUUGAGAAGACUUGCUGGUAUGCUAUUGCAGAGGCAGCCAGGGCUGGGAACAAAGAACUUGUCGAAAAGCUCAUAAGACAAGUGACUCUAGAUGAGAAAGAGCUUGCAAAUGCCUUAUUCUGGGCUGCUGCCUAUGGCAAGGGUGGUGCCAUCGACUUCCUUGUCGACAAGAUACCAGAUGCCAGAACAUUUCCAUGGCCCGACAACAUCAUGUACCGAGCCGUUGCCUCUGGUCUUGACAGCCUGCUCGCCGUCUUUCUUCGCUCCGGCUGCAACAUUGACAAAACUAGCACGUACUGGGGAGCGCCAGCAGUUACGGUUGCCGCCUGGUGGCGACAGGUCUCUAGCAUGAAGUUGCUGCUAGACUCAGAGCCCAAACCUGACUUGACCAUAUGCGAUAAUGAUAAGGACACUGCUAUUGUGGUUGCCGUUCGAUCUGGUAAUCCUGCCAUGGUGGACUUGCUCAUACAGAAGGGCGCAAGCGUCGACAAACCGGAAACAGAAAUAAAUGGCAAGACAGGGCUCGUAAGCAUCGCCGUGAACUGGAACAGACACAAAGUAGUCGGCGUUUUGAUCGACGGCAAGACAGACUGCGAAGGCGGCGACAGAAGCAAAGGAGCUCCCUUACUCUCGAGGCCCCCGUUGGUUAUUGCAGCUGGCAUGGGCUCGAUGGGAUGCGUUGAGGCGUUACUGGCUCACGGUGCCGAUCCGAACGUUCUCUGGGAUGGAGGCACUGCGCUGUAUUGCGCCGUUGCUGGCAACCGUAUCGACCUAGUCCGCAGGCUUCUUGAGAACGAGCCCAAGGCCGAUCUAAACAUUCAGCCUGUGGACGAAGACAUGCUCAUGAUCAGAGCCGUGUGCACCGGCAACACUGAGCUCGUGUCCCUACUGAUUGAACACGGGGCCGAGAUCAACUUUGUUGAUCUGAGAGGUCACUUUUCCAAGACGCCUUUGGCACGAGCAACCAGCGAAGGCAACAUUGACAUGGUCCGGUUCCUCUUCGACAAGGGAGCCGAUAUCGACUUCAGCGGAGACGAUCCAGGCUCGGAUCCUCCCUUGUUCACGGCCGCCUACCAUGGGAACCUGGAGAUUGCGCAGUUCUUGCUCGAGAAAAACUGCCAGGUUGUUUGGACCGCCGGCGACGGAUGGAACGCGCUGCAUGCGGCCUGGAAUAUGCCUGAGCUGUUACCUGAGCUGGUCAAGCGAGGCAUUGAUAUCGACAGCCACAGCGCACACGGGACCAUUCUUCACAUGGUCGCAAGCAAUCAACCAGAAUCCAUUGUGGCUCUUCUAGCCAUCGAUCCUGGGCCCACCGUGGACCUUGUCAUGAACGACGAGAGUACGCUCCCUGACCGAAUUGGCUUCACAGCUCUCCAGAUAGCCUGCAUCGAUCGCGCUCCCAAGUGCGUCAAACUCCUCCUAGACGGCGGCGCCAAUGCCAGGUUCCGGAACAAAGACGGCGACGACUCUGCCAGCAUCUUGCUCCGUGUCGUACAUGACUCGUCUGGGGACGUGAGUGAUGUCGAAGAAUGCAUCAAGCUGCUGUUAUCCGCCCCCAAUGGAAUCGAGGUUCACUACGUCGACAAAGAUGGCAGUACGCUCCUGCACAAGGUUGAGAAGCACACGCCUGUUUCUGUCGUCAAGCUAUUGGUUGAAGCAGGAUCACCCUUGGACAAGCCGAACGACGAUAAUUAUACUCCUCUAGCGAUGGCGGUGAGCAAGGGAAACGACGGUGUAGCCAAGUAUCUCAUCGAGCAAGGCGCCAGCGUAAACUUGUUUAGUCCGCUCUUUGGGAGCAUCCUGCAUCUGGCCUGUUCUCAUGGCUUCUUAACCACCGUCAAGCUGCUGAUAAGCUCAGGCGCAGACCCAGACCUGGUCGAUGUCGAGUAUGGCGCGUCGCUAUUAUACACGGCGCUGGGCAUCAACUCGGUCUCGUCUUCUGCCGAGAUGGUGCGGUACCUCGUCGAUGAAGCCAAGGUGAAUAUCAACAAACUCGGGGGGAAGCUCGCAUAUCCCAUUAUUAGAGCAGCGGAGGCAUUGAACUCAUCUCACCCAGAACCUCGCACCAAAGUGUUCAGGUUCCUCAUCCGGCGCAAGGCUUCUGUCGAGGUGAGCGACCACCAGGGCCGUCAAGCAGUUCACUUUGCAUCCAUGGCUCAGCAGGAUGACUACAUACGUGCCCUAGCUAAAGCCGGAGCCGAUCUCAGCGCCAAGGAUAAGUUCGGCCGCAUGCCUAUUCACUACGCGGCAUCAGCAAAACCCGGAGACUGCCUGGCGUAUCUCCUUCGCAAGAUGAGCAAGGCCAAGGUGAGCGUGGACGUGGAAGACGGUGACGGUUGGACUCCUCUGCUGUGGGCAGCCCGCUCUGGUAAUUCCACAUCCAUUACGCAUCUUCUCAAUUUGGAUGCUAGCUUAUGGGCUCGAGGCCGUGGCUACGAUGCCAAACCGGAGUGGUCGGCCUUGAAGCUCGCUCGGUUCAAUGGCGGGAUCGGGGCAAUACUACCAACCUUGAUCCCAAGUGAGCUCACUAGAACCAAGCCUGAUGGCCAGAAGGAGGAGUGGAACGCCCACUUCCAUGUGAGCAAGGUUGGGCACCAAAAGGACGCCACCUGCUGGAGCUGCUGGGUGCGGAUCAUUGGCAUACAAUGGAAGUGCAUCGAGUGCUCCGACGACGUGUCUUUGUGCUUCAAGUGCUAUGGCAGCCGAGCCGACAUGCAUGAUCCAGACCAUGGCUUUGAGGAUAUUGGCCCUCUCUACGAGGAGGAACCUAGUUCCUUACACAGCGAGCCAGAUGACAGUUCAUCUUCAAAGGAGGAACAGACUAGUUUAGAGGAUCAGGAAGGUGAUGAAGGAGACGCGGGGUCUAGUAACGAGGUUGAGGCUCCCAUCGAAGAAGCUAGCGAUGAGGAGUUUGAUCCAGAUGUGGAUUACUAGCAUGACUUAGAACUCCGAGAUUGAGGUGAUGAUUUGAAAGCCCUAUGUCGUCGCUAUCGUAUUACUUCAUUCGCAUUUAGGCCUAAUUAAUAAACUAUAGGGAGCCCGGUGGCGGGAUAUUGAUAAUGCAUCUUUUCUUCCUCUGGCUUCUACUCCCCCGCCGUUUGCGAGAAUGCGCUCAGAUUGUCCUAUCUUGCUAUCGCUGCUCUGCGGUAAAACUUCCACAUCCG